GCUGAGCCAAACGAUCUGGCUCACUAAAAAGAGCCGGAAUUCCCAUCACUAGUUUCCUACUGAACCUCAAGGCCACCGUAGGUUUUACUGGAGGGGGGGGGGUAUUCAGUUGAUUGCAGUUUGCAACGUCUCCACCAGAUGCCACUAAAUCCUUCACACUGCUCCUUUUGACCGAUUUUAUAUGUAAAACGGUCUCUUCUCUUCAAAAAGUGUCUCCAAAAGGUGGUUGUCUUGUGCUUACAGUUGCUCCCCUCUACCCUGCACGGUGUUAGCAGACGAGGUUACCUUGUGUCUCCAUCCUCUCUGUUAGUAACGUUAGCAACGGUAACCGCUUCCACACACACAGCGCGUGAGAGGAGGUGAGGCUGGAUGUUUGUUAGCGCGGUGUCUGCAGCAUAAUUAAAACAUGGCGGACUCGGAGGAAUUUAGACUCAAACGCUUAAAGCAUGAGGAGCGCCUGUCCAGAGUGUUUGACGAAGUGAUGGGGCUUGGAGACUUUGCCGAGUCCUCCGGGGGUUCUGCCAGCUCUUCCAGGAGUGGAGGUCAGGACGAGGCAAAGGGAGUAGACGACACUUCAGGACAAGGGGAAAACCAACAGGUAGAAGAAGAGGAUAGCAGCGGCAGCAGACAAGAAGAAAAGAUGGAUGAGGGGAGAGAGUCACCCUUUCCUCGCAUUACCUCCCCUUCCUCUGUCCGACCCGCCUCGUUUACCAUGGGCACUAACGAAGGAGGGGGAGGAAGUGGAGGGGCAGCGUUUGAUGACGCACUGGAUGGACUUCCUUCGUUUGGGCCAGAAGAAGAAGAAGAAGAAGAGGAGGAGGAGGAAGAGGAAGAGGAGGAGGAAGAAGAAGAAGAAGAAGAGGAGGAGGAGGAGGAUGAAGACUGGCACUUUGCCCUGCCAAUGGGCACCAGGGAGGAUGCUAAAGUGGGCAAAACGAACCGAAAAACCGGCCAACCAGGAGUGGGCAACAACGCAACUCGAGGCAAACCCUUUGCCCCCCCGCCCAGAGAGGAGGAGGAGGAGCGGGAGGAUUUGAGCACUGAGUCUGCUAACACCUCCCACUCCUCCAAGGACCACACACCUGAUGACAGCCGAGAUGGAGGCGUCCUGAACCAGACAGAGGAGACUGAAGAUAGCCAGGAGGGAGAGAGGUCGCAGGCAGCUCCAAUGGAGGACAGUAAUCAACCAACAUCUCCCCCUACUAUUAAUAUUAAAGAUGAGCCCAUUGAUGAGGGCUACGACGCUGCUUUACUGCCUCAGAGCUCCAUCAGACAGAUCAAAGAGGAGCUGGAGAAUCAGGAGGAGGAGCUGAGGAUCAGCUCUGUCUACUCUGUAGGUGGAGGGAACACCUUCGCAUCCCCGACCACCAUGCCGGCAGCAGCAGUCCCAGCUCCCCCUACGACGACCAUUUUCAUCCCAGGUAGAGGUGCCGUCCUACAGGCCAUGGCUUCCCUCCCUCUCAGACCACAAGCUCCAAUCCCAAGUUUACUACCAGCUCUGCUACCAGCACCCCCACGGCCACCUCCGCCCUCCGUUCCUGGCAGCGUUCGCUGCAGUGGCUGCUCUAAGGUUCUGCUGAAAGGUCAAACAGCAUUCCAAAGGAAAGGUUCGACGCAGCUCUUCUGCUCCACAGUCUGUCUGACAGGCCACCUGCCUGCUGCCAACAAGAACCGAUCCUGUUUCCAGUGCAACAGGGAGAUUCUUCAGCCCAGGGACAUGAUCACGAUUCCAGACGACGGCAGCUUCGUCAACUUCUGCGGCCAGUUCUGUCUGUCUGUCUUCAGACACAAGAAGAAACAGGUUGACAAGAUUCCUGAUAAAUGGGCUGACAAACGACUAGAGAGGAAACCUGAGAAACCGCCUGAGAAACCAGUGGAGCGACCGCCUGACAAACCCAUGUGCAGUGUCUGCAAAGUCUCUAAUAGACAAAUUGAGCACGAAGUCACCCAUCAAGGUCGUCUGCACAGACUCUGUAGUGAUGCUUGUUUUCUAACGUGGCGCAAGAUGCGGCACUUAGCCAUGAACUGCUGUGAAGGCUGUGGACUUUACUGUAGUAGCAGCUCAGGCUCAUGUCAGACGCUCACAAUUGACAGAUCUCAGCUCAACUUCUGUGGUCCUACCUGUAUUGGCACCUACAAACAGAACUGCAGAAAGACAGCUGAGUGUGCCUACUGUCACAAAAUUGCGAUAGUGUCCCUCACCAUCAUGGAACGAGACCAAAGGGGCAAAGUCCAGCUGUACUGUUCAUCCGCUUGCGUGGAACAGAGUCGACCACCCCGACACAUUCUCACUGGUGCUGCAUUCCCCUGCUGCCUGUGCAAGGUAUCAGCUGUUCCUCAGUAUCAUCUGGCCAUGGUGGACGGCACCAUUCGUAACUUCUGCUCCUAUGACUGUGUUUCUAUAUACAGGAAGUCUGGUGACACCUCUCAGCCAGACCUGAUCAACGGAACCUCUGUUCUCAGGGACCCCUCCCUCAGAGAUGCCCCCAAACCGGGGCCCUCUGCCGGAGCCGGCUCAGUCCCUCCCAUCCCUCAGGACUACCCAUCUUCAGUUCCCUACCCGGGCCACCAUCCCAGUCAUACCUCAGUGCCCCCACUGGUGCCUCCCUUCCCAGCCAUGUCCUCCCCCACUGUCCCAGGGCAAGCCCAGGCCAGAGCACCCACCGGUCAGCCCCUGAAACCAGCAGAGGGUGUGCCCGGUGACCCCUCCAAGCUGACCUGCCAUCAGUGCAGCAAACAGUUCAACAUGAAGCCGCUGCUAUUAAGUUACCAAGGUCGUAUUUCUGUGUUCUGCAGUAGGACGUGCGGUGAGCAGUAUAAAACCCAGAAGAAUAUCCUGAUGGUGUGUGAGGGCUGUAAACAGGAGAAAGUGCUCUUUGACACCAUCAGUUACAACCAACAGGACCUACACUAUUGCAGUGAAAGCUGUAAGCUACUUUUCAAACAUGAUCAGACAUCUCGUAACAAGGAUCAUUCCUGGCGUCCCUGCACCUACUGCUCCGGCAUCAGCCAGAAGAUGCUGCACAGCCACUAUGGAGGCAGGAUGGAGGAGUUCUGUAGACCCCACUGCAUGUCCCAGUACACUGUGCUCUACUAUGGGAUGGGUCGAUGCGACAGUUGUAGGAAACAGGGCUAUAUGACUGAGAAGCUGCAGUGUUUGGGUUCAGUCCGUAAUUUCUGCAACCUGCCCUGCCUGCUGCAGUACUGCUACCUGCAUUUUGAGGCGAGCCAACACACCAGCAGUAACGGUACUGGAACGGCCCCACAAACACCAUAUGCUCCAACCCAGCCCCACCACACAAAGAUGAAUCCUGUCAUAGCUGAUGUUGUGUCACUGGCCAAUGGCUCUGCCACUCAGCCCAGUGUGUCAGCAGAUACGGCUCUUACUGGAGCACUUCCGACCUCCAACGUUGACGGCAAGAACCUAGACCAUGCCAGUACUCAGACCGAUGCCAUGCGAGUGCCUGCCCCCCGUCGACGUCAAAUGAAGAACAAAUCAGUUCUGUGUCGGCCCUUCACUAUGGACCAAGAGAGCAUGUGCCAGCUGCCCACACCCUUCGAUGAUUUAGCAGCCCUGGCUCUGCCCUCAGCUAGCUCUUCCUCAGGAGAUGAGAAAGUGAAGGUGUUGAUGGUGCCGGUUCCUGUACCGAUAUUCAUUCCAGUGCCUAUGAACAUGUACUCCCAGCACACACCUGUUCCAAUGGCUAUGCCCUUACCUGUUCCAGUACCCAUACUAGUACCAACACAGAAGAAGGACAUGAAAGAUGUUGCGGUCCAGUGGGAGCCUUUGCCCGUGACGGAAGAAAAACAGAAAGAUGGGCCUGUUUCCAGUGCAGUGUCUGCUGCAGACCAGAGCAGUUCUUACAAUGGAGACUUGAAGUCAGAGGUGGUCACUCCCAUAAUCCGUGAAAAUGAGGAGACUGAAAAAGCAGUACAAGCUGACCUGCCACCUACUGUAAGUUCAGAGAGCAGCACAGAGUCAACCGAUCCCACAAAGUCAACUGAUCCCACAGAGUCAACGGAUCCCCAACCUAAUACCCAGCCAGAGGAGACCACGAUGACAAGCGACCCACCUACCACCAGUGCUGAGCAUGAACCUCCCUCCUCUCCAAUGAUGGACUUGGAAACUGACAUCCCGUCUGAAUCGUUGGAUCAGAAGCCAUCUGCUCCACGGCGAGGAGUGAAAAGAUCCAGAGAGGUUUUCUCCAGCCGGAAACGGAGUCGAAGGCGAACUGUUUCGUUGAACCGCAGAGCGGUGGUGACUCCAGUCGCCUCCAAACUGAACCACCUGUAUGGGGUUAAAGCAUGGAAGAGUUGGGUCCAACAACAAAACAAACACCCGGGAGAAUCCAAUAUAGUGGAUAUUAAAGAAGACGUCCUUCAGUGUGACUCUGCUGAGCUGAGCUUUGCUCUGUCUCGCUUCAUCAGAGAAGUGAGACGGCCCAAUGGAGAGACCUACAGCCCAGACAGCAUCUUCUACCUCUGUCUGGGGAUACAACAGUAUCUGUUUAUGAAGGGCCGCAUAGAGAACAUCUUUACUGACGAGCUGUACAGCCAGUUUGCUACCAAGAUCAGUGGGAUGCUGCGACUCUGGAAACCCAGACUACAACCUAGUGGUGGUGCUGUUUCCUCCCGUGUGGUGGAGUCUUACCUGUGGGAAUGUAAGCAGCUGGGCGCCUACUCCCCCAUAGUGUUGCUCAACACGGUGCUCUUCUUCUGCGCCAAAAACUUCGGCUUCACCACGCUGGGGCAGCACCAAAGCCUCUCCUUCACCAACUUCACUCGACAAUCCAAACCCUGCAACCGAGCCGGCAAAGUCCACUACCUCCGGUACCAGGGAAGCAGCACUGCCAUGCCACACUCAGAGCGAUUCAGAAAAAGGCAGGGAGAGGAAGAGGUAGACCUGGAGAUGCUUGAAAAUGUCGCCAACCCUCUACACUGUCCUGUCAGACUGUAUGAGUUCUACCUCUCUAGAUGCCCUGAGUCGGUGAAGAAGAGAACCGACGUGUUUUUCCUGCAGCCUGAACAGAAUGUGCACACUCACAGUCCCCUCUGGUACACCUCUCAACCGUUAGAGGGCGCCACUCUACAGAGCAUGCUCACGCGUAUCCUGGCCGUCAGAGAGGUCCACCAGCACAAGGAACGAGCCCAACAUCAGGCCUCAGCCACCGCUGAUAAUGACAGUUUACAGUGAUAUGGAGCUCUGCCUAUUCACACCCUGCUUAUGAUCUCUGCAACGGAAACCUUCUCCAAUGGCGAACAGUUCACAGUGAAAUGCAGCUGUACGUACGCCCAUCAGCCAUUCAGACGGAGGCUAACACCGGGAGACAGAACAAAGAUAGAAUGAAAGGACACACUGUCGCAAAGAGUUGACACAUUUAAAGACCAUUCAAAGUGUGGGAUCAUUGUAUUUAGUUACCUCAGUGGCCAUCCCCUCCCCCACAUAAAUGCACAACGGGUUUACAAACAUCCAAUACUCUAAAAUAUGGAGAAGGGAGUGUUAGGGGUCAGGGGACAGUCUUCUUUUUCUCAUCGUGUCACACCAGAGUGAUAUUUAUGCCCAUCAUUUAUCACAUGUGGCAGGUUUAUUUACCAUCAGCAAUGGUCCAGGCCAAGCCUGUCAGAUGAACUUUUUUAUUUCAGAGACAGACUUCUGCAAUACUAGACUGGCGUGAGCAGCAAACUGCACGUGAGAAGAGUCGGUGCUGAUGUAGAUGACGACGAGAGUCUCCAUCCAUCAGGCACGGUCCGAUCUGGUUUAAAUGUGCUGUUUUAUCAUUGUUGCCCUUCUUUGCAUCAGCACGGUAUUUAAGGAUUGCUUUUAAAUUACUCCAAAAAUCUAAAACGAUGACGUUUUUCAGCAGGUUUUGCAAUUUUGAAAGUGUGGCGUAUUUAUGCAUAGCUGCACAAAAACUUGGUUAAAAACAAAAAUGUCACUCAGUUCAAGUGAAGCACUUCCCACAGACCUCCAGUGUAGUGUUUGUUAAAGGAAACAUUAACUGCCUCAUAAUCAUCGCAUUGGAGGUGGAUGACAUUGGCUGGUUGACACUGGCCAAUAUCUGAUUGAAUAUGUUGUUAAACCAGUAUACUGUACAGUAUAUCAGUGUAACCCUUCUUGUAAUAACAGAGGAGACUCACAGUGCCUCUCAUCUUUUGUUGUUUUAUUAUUAUCUAGUAAUCUGAUAUUAUGUUGUUCCCCUUUUAUAUUCUUCAUCUUGGGUGGCCUUAUUUCCCUCCCAACAACUUUCCCUCAUAUAGCUCCUAGAGGUAAAGUAAAGCUCAUUACCUACACCCAGUUUAUGUAUGCCUGUAUCUAUGUCCUCUUUCUAACUGUGCCAAUAUCUGCGCUCCUCUUUUUUUUUUCUCUUCCACUUGUUCCCUAAUUUUUCAAAAUGGAAUUUGGAGGACACAAUACUUUCCCAAUCCCUAACCCUUGAGGUUUCCUGUAUUAUAACUAAUGGUGUGUAUGGUAUAGUGUGAUUUUUGUUGGCCAUCCAUACAAUCAAAAACAUGUAUUAUGACACUGUGCCUAAGAUAUUUACCACUGUCAGCAGUGGUAAUUUUGUUUCUAUCCAUCCAUCCAUCCAUCCAUUCAAAAUCGAAGGUCUGUUGCAGAUAACAGCUGCAAGAGAGUGCUCAAGGGAUGAUGUAUUUUUGUAGGCAAACCAAGGCCUAUUAAAAAAAUGCUGGGAGACGGGUGGACACGGUGUUGGGGUAUGGGGUAUAACACAUGCGCUAUAACACAGGAGCUGUGGUCGUGCGUUGCAAUUGGCCCAAUUUUGGUGAGUGCAGACCAGAUUUUACUGCGCAUAUACCCCAAAGAUAUGACGCGUUGGUGACGCCUGACGUCUCCUCUUUCCACCCUCCUUGAGGCCAACCAGAAGGUUAGCAUUGCCCUGGGUUCCCUCGACAAAAGGCCAGCAGGAUUUUUCUAUUGGGUUUUGGAUUAUUGCAGAAAAUAAACUCUGCGGCAAACACACGUUUAUGAUACUUACACGUUUUGUUCAGCAAGAUAAUCUCCACAAAUGAACACCACUUUUAUGAUUUUUGAAGCGGGAAUGCAAUCGCCAGAGGUAAAAAGCUAAUGUUAGGCUAUAAACGAACAAGUCAGCGUUUACUAGUCCCUUUUUUAAGACACAUAAAGGCUUAAAAGUUCACAAGUGGGGUAUUUAUUAAUGUAUUUUAUGUCAUAGAACAAAAUGUUAAAAUCUCUUCAGCUUGUGUUAACCACAGAGCUUAUUUCAGGCAUCUAACUAAAAACCCAUUCAAAAAACCAAUUGACUUUCAGACGAGGGAACCGGAAGAGCUAAAAUGCUAAUAACUCAUUUCAGGGUUUAAGGACUCAUUCCUGUAGCGCUCUAUGGACCUUUGAUUUUGAAUGGAUUCUGAACGUUGUUUCUAUAUUGGCAUAUAGAUAGUCAAAAUAUAGAAAAUACGGUUAACCCGUAGGGAUGCUGCUCAACUACGUCACACCGCUUGUUAAACUUACCCAAACAUGAAUACAUGAACACCAAUGCUUAUACAUUUUUUAAAUGUCUAUUUGACAUCAGUGACUGUCAUUUCAUAGAAUUAUGGAUCAUAAUUUGGAUUUCUUUUUUUUUUUUUACAAAAAUCUUAAACUCCCUUCCAUGUGCCGGUUUACUGGACCAGUUGAUUUCAUGAAAAUUUUACUUUUUUUGUUCUUUUGUUUUGUGGUAAUAAUGACUCCACUACCCCCAAUACCAUGUGGUAACACCAUUUGUGUUGUAAUGGAUCUAUUUUGUCUGUUAAAGCUCUUAUUAUAUUUUGUCAUGGAGGCUAACGUGCCUUUACUUUUGCAUCAUGUUCAUGUUUUAUAUCAGAUCUAUGUUACAGUGUAAAAGCCCAAAUGUGCUCUCUCUCUCUGCUAACAUUCACCGUGUUGACUGAUGGUAAUCCAUUAGCAUCAUCCAAUCAACCUGUAAGUGUUGAUGAAUUUCUUUAAAAAACUCACUGUCAUCGCCGCUGCUGGUGCAAAGGAAACAUAACUGUCUGAAUAUUACCACUGCUGACUGAAGCUCCCAUUAGAAGAUUAGGUUGAGGAAGAACACGGUUCCAAAGACAGGCAGGUGUUUUAUCAUCAUGCACAAAAAUGCUGUAUUGCCAUUAAGUAUUGAAAAGUCAUCUUAUUUCUUUCUUUCCUCGAUCGCAGGGCAAAGCAUUUAUAACGAAAGCAUGAUUGAAAUGAAAUGUGAUGUUGAGAGUGUAAUUGAAGUCUGUGCAGUUUGGAAACAUUGAUUCAUAAAAUGUAUAAAAUUA